GUCCCCAUACCCGUUCUGUACUCUCUUAGCCCUGCCCCAACCCCGCCUAGGCUGGUUGCUUUCAAGCCUCUUAGAGCCCCAGUACUCCCCUAGUCUCGUCUUCCCACAGUCCAUUCAAGACGGUUUCUACCAUUUGUAGAUCCCACCCACCUUCCUCGGUCUCAUCCAUCCAUCCUGACACUCCUUUUCCCGGCCCAGCCCUGUCUGACCAGGCCAAGCUUGCAACCCCGGCCCGACCCCUUCCUCGCUUCGUUCCCUUUCUUAGUCCUAGGCAGACGCUCUCAGGUUUCUAGGCCUCGCUUAUAUCCUCUCCUGCUCACUGGGUCUCAGUCCCUAUUCCUCCUUUCUGUCCAGCCUAGUGCCAUUUCGCGCGAAAGUACGGUCUAUUCUUCAUUUCCAGUUCCCGCCCCUCGUUCAGUCUCGCCCCCUCACUACCCAGCCCAAUUAGGACUGUUUCUAACUUUCCUAGGCCCUGCCUCUUCUUAAGAUCCGCCCUGCCCCGACAAAGCAAAGUUAGGGGUCCAACCCGGCUGUCUCCAUCUGUCCCUCCCCACAGGCUCCAGGUUGCCGGCUCUUUAGAUCCUUUCUCUGUCCAAUCAGGACCGUCUCCCCCAUGCCAGUCAGAAGUCUUUAAGUAGUUUGGACUUGUCCACUUCCUCUGCUCCGCCCACUCCUUUCUUCAGUUCAAUCAGAUCUCUUUCUCAUAUCUAGUCCCAUCCCCUCAGUUAGCUGCCCGUCCUGCCCAUUUGGCACCUCGCUCGGACCUCCCCUUCUCUCGGAAAGACCCAAUCGGUGUGUUUCACCUGCAGCCCCGCCCCGAGCAGCUAGGCUGUGUGGAGUCCCUGUCCUUCCCCCUGCCUCAGCCCCGCCCUAGCGUCCCCAGACCAAUCAGCUCUGUUCCGCCCCCACCGAGGCCCCGCCCCCUCCACCCGUCGCUUCUUCCACCCAAUCACGCCUGCUUCUCCUCCUGCAGCCCCGCCCCCGACGCCCCGCCCCUUCAGCCCCGCCCCCCGUCCAAUGCUGAGCUCAGUCUGCGUCUCGUCCUUCCGCGGGCGCCAGGGGGCCAGCAAGCAGCAGCCGGCGCCACCGCCGCAGCCGCCCGAGUCCCCGCCGCCGCUGCCCCCGCCGCCGUCACCGCCGCCGCUGCAGCAACAGCAGUUUGCGCAGCCCGGCUCCGCCGCGUCCCCGGCGGGCCCCCCGGCACCCCGCGGGCCCGGGGGCCGGCGCGCCGAGCCAUGCCCCGGGCUGCCGGCGGCGGCCAUGGGGCGGCACGGCGGCGGCGGUGGCGACAGCGGCAAGAUCGUGAUCAACGUGGGCGGCGUGCGCCAUGAGACGUACCGCUCGACGCUGCGCACCCUGCCGGGGACGCGGCUGGCCGGCCUGACGGAGCCGGAGGCGGCGGCGCGCUUCGACUACGAUCCCGGCGCCGACGAGUUUUUCUUUGACCGGCACCCGGGAGUCUUCGCCUACGUGCUCAACUACUACCGCACAGGCAAGCUGCACUGUCCGGCUGACGUGUGCGGGCCUCUUUUCGAGGAGGAGCUCGGCUUCUGGGGCAUCGACGAGACCGACGUGGAGGCCUGCUGCUGGAUGACCUACCGGCAGCACCGCGACGCCGAAGAGGCGCUCGACUCCUUUGAGGCUCCGGACCCUGCGGGCGCAGCCAACGCCGCCAACGCCGCUGGCGCCCACGACGCGGGUCUGGACGACGAGGCGGGCGCGGGCGGCGGCGGCCUGGACGGCGCGGGCGGCGAGCUCAAGCGCCUUUGCUUCCAGGACGCGGGCGGCGGCGCCGGGGGGCCGCCAGGGGGCGCGGGCGGCGCAGGCGGCACGUGGUGGCGCCGCUGGCAGCCCCGCGUGUGGGCGCUCUUCGAGGACCCCUACUCGUCGCGGGCCGCCAGGUAUGUGGCCUUCGCCUCCCUCUUCUUCAUUCUCAUCUCCAUAACCACCUUCUGCCUGGAGACCCACGAAGGCUUCAUCCACAUCAGCAACAAGACGGUGACGCAGGCCUCCCCCAUCCCGGGGGCUCCACCGGAGAACAUCACCAACGUGGAGGUGGAGACGGAGCCCUUCCUGACGUACGUGGAGGGCGUGUGCGUGGUCUGGUUCACCUUCGAGUUCCUCAUGCGCAUCACCUUCUGCCCGGACAAGGUGGAAUUUCUCAAGAGCAGCCUCAACAUCAUCGACUGCGUGGCCAUCUUGCCCUUCUAUCUCGAGGUGGGCCUCUCGGGCCUCAGCUCCAAGGCUGCCAAAGACGUGCUGGGCUUCCUGCGGGUCGUCCGCUUCGUCCGAAUCCUGCGCAUCUUCAAGCUCACGCGCCAUUUUGUGGGGCUGCGCGUGCUGGGCCACACGCUCCGCGCCAGCACCAACGAGUUCCUGCUGCUCAUCAUCUUCCUGGCGCUGGGCGUGCUCAUCUUCGCCACCAUGAUCUACUACGCGGAGCGCAUCGGCGCCGACCCCGACGACAUCCUGGGCUCCAACCACACCUACUUCAAGAACAUCCCCAUCGGCUUCUGGUGGGCCGUGGUCACCAUGACGACCCUGGGCUACGGAGACAUGUACCCCAAGACGUGGUCGGGGAUGCUGGUCGGGGCACUGUGUGCCCUGGCGGGGGUGCUCACCAUCGCCAUGCCCGUGCCCGUCAUCGUCAACAACUUUGGCAUGUACUAUUCGCUGGCCAUGGCCAAACAGAAGCUGCCCAAGAAGAAGAACAAACACAUCCCCCGGCCCCCGCAGCCCGGCUCCCCCAACUACUGCAAGCCCGACCCCCCUCCCCCGCCGCCCCCGCACCACCCCCACCACGGCAGCGGCGGUAUCAGUCCUCCGCCACCCAUCACCCCGCCCUCCGUGGGGGUGACUGUGGCCGGGGCCUACCCAGCGGGCCCCCACACGCACCCCGGGCUGCUCAGGGGAGGCGCGGGGGGGCUCGGGAUCAUGGGGCUGCCUCCUCUGCCGGCCCCCGGGGAGCCUUGCCCGUUGGCUCAGGAGGAAGUAAUUGAGAUCAACCGCGCAGAUCCCCGCCCCAAUGGGGACCCUGCAGCAGCUGCGCUUGCCCACGAGGACUGCCCAGCCAUCGACCAGCCCGCCAUGUCCCCGGAAGACAAGAGCCCCAUCACCCCUGGCAGCCGUGGCCGCUAUAGCCGGGACCGAGCCUGCUUCCUCCUCACCGACUACGCUCCUUCCCCUGAUGGCUCCAUCCGGAAAGCCACCGGUGCUCCCCCACUGCCCCCCCAGACUGGCGUAAGCCAGGCCCCCCAAGCUUCUUGCCCGACCUCAACGCCAACGCCGCAGCCUGGAUAUCCCCCUAGCGGACGAACCCCUUCCCCCCGGGCUCUUGUCACCGCCUGAGACCUCGCGAGACCCUCGGUCCCCCCCUGCCCCUUCCCCCCAGGUUACGAGAAAUCCCGCAGCCUGAGCAGCAUCGCGGGCCUGAGCGGGGUGUCCCUGCGCCUGGCGCCCCUUGCCACUCCCCCUGGCUCUCCCAGGGCCGCCCGCCGCGCUCCCCCAACCCUGCCCUCCAUCCUCUAACGCUCCCCUCCCCCCCGUGGGGGGACUGGGGGUGACAGGGAAGAAGGUCAAAGGAGCUGGGGGUGGGGGGUGGGGGAAAGGGUUUUUUUAAAAAAUCAAAAAGUCAUUAAUAAUAUGCAACCGAGACGACGACGCCAGCAGACACCCCCGGACCCCUCACCCCCACCUGGGUCCCCAGGAUGGAGGGGGAGGAGCCAAACUCCAGCCCCCACCCACCUCUCCCCCCUCCUCUCCCCCCAAUAAAGCCUUCUCAGGUCUCCAUGAGCCAUAGGA